AUGCAGUUCGCACUCACAUCACGCCGCAAUGCGCACAUUGCUCUUUCGACGCGCGAAUACGUCGCUCUCGUACGCCACGCACCGACGGCGCUCGGCGGCCUAAGCGAGCUGGGCCUGCUCGGCCUGCAUACCGUCGCCGCGCUGCACCGCAUCCUGACUUCGGACAAAUGCGUGCUCUGCGGGCGCUUCGGGUCUUUCUUCUUCGCGCUGGAAGGCGAGCGGUGCUGCUGGAUGUGCGCCGCGUACGACACGCGGCUCUGGGCCGUACCUCUGAGGGACGUGAUGCAGGGGUACCGCCUGACGGAAUCCCAGCUGCGCAUGUUUCCAACAACACUGGACGGCCGCCAAGGACCCCUCAUCAGCGCGCGGGCAGCCGUGUCGGCGGCGCUCCAGCAGCGCAACGGCUCCGAGGCGGCCAUCCGGCGCGAUCUCCAUCUGCCCCCGAGGGAGCGCAAGCCAAUGUCGAAAAAGGACGACGCCUACGCCGAAAGACUGAGCGAGUGGCAAAUAUACGGCAAUCGCUCGCUGCAGCACAUUAGUUACAUAUUGGACCUGGCCAUCCGGCAGCAGGACGCACACCAGUCCAGUCUAAUGCACAGCAGGGCCGCCUACUACAUCCGACGCUACCACCCGGCCUGGCGAAACGCGCCGUGCGUGCGCUUCCCUCAUCUGCGGCCGAAGCAGCACGGCGCUUCGUCCGACGCUGGUUUCUGGUGCCCCGGCUGCCGCCUGGCCGCGUUCGGCACGGUGGGCGACGACCCGAUCAUGGUGCGGCGCGCACGCGAGGGGUACUUGCGCGAGAUGUCGAGGACGGAUUUCGUAAAGCAUGCGAGGUCGUGCGGCAAGCUGCAGACGGCACUGCUGGAGCAUGGAGAAGACAAGUUCAGAAAAGCCAUGGCGUGCGGGGGCCGGCAAACGGUGUGCUGCCAGAGCAGUAAUUGCCGGCUGGAGAUACCAGGCGCUUACACGGGUGAAGAGUUGGCUGAAGGUCUCAUAAGCCACCAGUUGCACAGCAUAACGCUUUGA